UACAUUCCCAAACCAAGUGAAGCCGCACCCAUUUGUGUGUGUGUGUGUGUCAGCAGGGUGCAGUCACAUUCUCCCUCUUUUCCUUACCAGCGUGUUUAAUCUACUCAUAUUUUAAAAACAGCAGGCAACAAUCAAACAGACAUUUGAUCAGGCUGAGCGAUGGACUUCAGCGGGUCGAUGGCGGUGGCGGCGCUCGGCCGGCCUUUCUCCCUGGGGAUGCUGUACGACUGUCGCAGAGAUUUACUAGUGCCUGGUAUGACAUUGUGGGACCGCGAUGACCUGAAAAAACAUAUUGGAGAAAGACCCCAGAACUCUAAUGAUUUUGAGAUAGUUGCAUCUGAAUCGAUUGAGGAUAAAUCUUCAGCACUAAAGGUUGAAGCUUCUCUGAAAGCAAGUUUCUUAUGUGGAAUGGUUGAGGUGGAGGGAUCGGCCAAAUACCUGAAUGAUCAAAAGAAAUCCAGAAAUCAGGCCAGAGUAACACUGAAGUAUGAAACUACCACUAAGUUCCAGGAACUGUCCAUGGACCAUCUCGCAAUUGGCAACAUGAAACAUCCGUAUGUUUUUGAGAAAGGAAUAGCAACACAUGUAGUCACAGGUAUUCUUUAUGGAGCAAGAGCCUUCUUUGUGUUUGAUCGUGAGAUGUCAGAAAGAGAAGAUCAUCAGGACGUUCAAGGCAACUUGAAAGUGAUGAUCAAGAAGAUCCCACGCAUCUCAAUAGAUGGGGAAGGUUCCCUGAACAUGGAAGAGAAAGAUAAGGCAAAUGUUGAGAAGUUUUCUUGCAAGUUCCACGGAGACUUUUCUCUUGAAGAGAAUCCUGUGUCCUUUCAGGAUGCCAUACAGGUCUAUCAAAAACUGCCCAAACUAUUGGGAUCCGAUGGAGGAAAAGCAAUUCCAGUGAAAGUCUGGCUGUUGCCAUUGACAAGUUUAGAUUCUUCUGCUGCUCAACUUGUUCGUCAGAUAAGUAUAGGAUUAGUUCAGGAAUCACAGACAGUCCUGGAGGACUUCAGUGAGCUGGAAAUGAGGUGCAAUGAUGCCAUGAUAACAGCAACAGCACAGCAGUUUCCUCAGAUUGGCAAAAAACUUAAAAGUUUUAAAGAAAUGUGCUCUGUGUCCAAACUAGAAUUCCAACGAACUUUAUCAGUGAAACUUCCAUCUAUACGAGGAGGAGGCGAGGAGGAGGCUGUGCUUGCAGAGAUACUGGAGAAGAGACAUUCAUCUCCGUUCAACAGCAAAAACCUGACUGAGUGGAUGGACUGUAAAGAGAGAGAAAUCUCCAUUUUAAAUACUUUCACCAAGAUGAUGAAAAACACAAAGACCAUCUCAUCGCUGAAUGGUCUACAUGAGGAGAUUCUCAGUGCAGAGCAGGUCUUGUGUUUUGUUUUCACCUCACUGGGAAAUGCUGAGUCGUACCUCUCAGCUUUAUCAAAACACUUAAAGGGAACCACAACACCUGACGACCCUCAAGAAACACAUACCUAUGAUGUAGAGAAGGAGCAGUGGUACCUUUCAGACAAAGUUCCUGAUGAAAUGAGGAAAAAAGCAAAGCUUUUCGGUAAUUUUGCAGAGGCCAACAAGGAGAACAUGAACAUAAAGUUCCUCAUAGUGGGUUUGACAAAUGAGACACAAAAAGGUACAAGCAUCUACCAUUAUGAAGAAGGCUCUUCUCUCAGUGAGAACUUUGAACCACCUUCAAAGCCUGAAAGUGUGAAAGCAAGUGACAUAAAUCACAACAGUGUGACCCUGAAGAUCUCUCCACCCAGAUUUGGAGCCGAGAACGUCACGUCCUACUCUGUUGAGUACUGUGUCCAUGGAGAGGAUGGAUGGCAACAGAAGACGGUGUCAAAGGAUGGAGACGUCACAGCGAGCGACCUGAGUCCUAACACAGAGUAUGUGUUCAGAUGCAGAGCUGUCACCUCAGUAGGUGUUGGACCAGUCAACGAGGUCAGUGGAACCAUUAGAACUCUGCCCUGCAGCCCUCCUGGAAAACCUCGAGUUGAACCAAACUCACGUGAGAUAACCGUUAGCUGGCAGAGACCUGCUGAGCUUGGACAAGAUGUCCACGUUCUGAGCUACAUCGUGGAAUACGCCCAAGCAGACAAAGUGGGGAAAGGAGAAGAUCUCCAGUGGAACCAAACAAUGUCAGAAGCUGAAAAGGUGAUCAUAUCAGAGCUUCAGUCAGAGACAGAGUAUGUUGUCAGGGUCGGAUGUGACUGUGGUGGAGCUGGGACAAGCAAGAAAAGCAUCUCUGUGAAUGUCUGCAUUCUAGAGACGCCAAAACGCUCUCAGCGACUAGCGGACGCCAUUAGAGAUGAAAGCACACUGCUGGAACCUCAGUCAGGGUCUAUCCCUGUUUAUAAAAUCCCCCUGCAAGAGGAGGACAUCACUGUGAACAGGUGCAAACGUUUCUGCUUCGGCAAAGAGUCCCCUGAACCUAAUCGCACCAUAAUUGUUCUCGGAGCAACUGGUGCUGGCAAAUCAACUCUUAUUAACGGGAUGAUUAAUUACAUUCUCGGUGUUGAGUGGAAUGACCCCUAUCGGUUCAAGAUAGUAGAUGAGGGUAAGUCCACCUCACAAGCUCACAGCCAGACUACUGAAGUCACGACAUACAAACUCAACCGUCGGGACGGCUUUAAAAUUCAGAACUCGCUCACUAUUGUUGACACUCCAGGCUUUGGAGAUACGGGAGGUAUCGAGAAGGACAAGUUGAUCGUAGAGCAGCUUCGUGAUCUCUUCUCUGCUAAGUUUGGUGUCAGUGAAAUCGAUGCUGUGUGUUUCGUAGCUCAGGCUUCUGCACGACUCACAUCAACACAGAAAUACGUGUUUGACUCAGUGCUCUCCAUCUUCGGCAAAGACGUGGGAGAAAACAUCCAGAUUCUGGUGACAUUUGCAGACUUUUGCCAACAUCCACCAGUUCUGGAGGCGAUCAACACUGCGGAUGUCCCGGGUCCGAAAACAAAAGAAGGACUGCCGGUUCACUUCAAGUUCAAUAACUCAGCGUUGUUUGCCCAAAACAAAUCGUGUGCAGCAGAGGGCGUGAGUGGGGAAGAUGACGAGGGAGACUUCGAUGAGAUGUUUUGGAACAUGGGGAUAAAAAGCAUGAUGAAGUUUUUCACUGCUUUGAAUGUAGUGACGACCAAAAGCUUGUCGAUGACAAAGGACGUCCUCAGAGAAAGACAGCAGCUGGAGAUCUCAGUUCAGAGUUUGCAGAAGCAGGUUAAAAUUCGGUUAAACAAGCUGGAGGAGGAGUUAAAAGAGACGGCUUCACAACUGGAAGAACACAAGGCAGAGAUCAGCCGAAACCGAUGGGAGUAUAAGGAAGUCACGGAAAUGAUAACGUUAAAAGAGAAGAAAGAAAAGUCCCUGACAGCCACCAAGAUGGCUGUGAAGGCACUGAUUGACAGACUGAAGGCUGAGUAUGAAGAUGUGAAGACUGAGGUGGUGAAAGUGAUGGGUGACUCUACCAAGUGUCUAAACAGACUUAAAGAGAUCGCACUGAGGCCAAACCCUCUGUCCACUCCAGAGACAUGCUCAUAGAAGGAGAGGAAGUUGAGACCAGGUCGGGCUGGAAGAAACGAGUCCAGUAUCUGAUAGACAUGAGAAAACAAGCAGAGGUCAUGGGUUAAGUGGACAGAGAUGAAGAUCAGGUGCUGGAUUCAAAUGAAGGACCAAGACCCUGACAUGGACUCCAACAACGACCAGGAGGAGAACUAUUCUGAUGCCAACCAAGACCAAGACUCCGCUCACACUGCGACUGAGGCGUCUGCCAAACUUCUGCAUUUUCAUUUAAACCGAAACCAUCUCUGUCUAGAAGGGUUUUGGCUCCAUAUCAUUUUAAUCCUCGUCCAACAUGUGAACAUGUAUCACCUGACCAUGCACGUACACAUGCAUGUGCCUCUGUAAACAGGAAGCAUUUGUUGUCAGUUGCAAAAAAGAGCUCAGCUACGAACGAAAAGCAGAAAUGUUGAACGCUAAGGCAGGUGGUUUUCUGCAUGAAGGAGGUCAUGUGACAGGAGCCUGACGAAUCAGAGAGAAAAGAGGUUUUGACCAUCUACGUUAUCGUUUCCAAACAUCUCGGUUUCUGUCUGUCCAGAUGAACAUGCAGCACCGGAGUUUUCAAACUGAAACGGGACCGACAGUGUUUCCAAACUUACCUGUUUUAACGUCUCUAUAACUUGUGACCCGUGUGGACGCUAGAACAAGCUGUAGCAGAGCGCUGUGUUUCAGAAUGAAGACGCAGCCUGGAAGGAAAAACACUUCAACCCCCCCACAAAAGUUCCAACCUCAUCCGUCGGCUGCCCACCAGGUCAUCACCAACGCCCUCACAAAGCCUCAAGUUACACUUUUAAGUGCAAACGCUCAUUUUGAGGUCGCAAAUUCACCUGCACCUUCAGUUUCUGCCUCUUUGCUUCAAGAUUCUUCACAGCUCGAUGAUUAAUUAACAAUUUAGCAUUUAUUUUAAUUACAGAUCAAAGUGCAACUUCCAUUCACAGCAUGACAGCGUGUUGUGUGGGAGUAAUGUUGCUCUGUGUCAAAGUAGAAAGCUGUAAGCUAACAUCACAGCCACGUCGACAAAAUGUAGUUCACUGGUGUGAUGUCGGCAAAUCAUAUCUGUGUCUUUACGUGUUUCAUGUCUGAAUUACAUGAUAAAACAAACAGUGGAACAAAUGUCAGUUUACUUGGUUUGAACCUGUGUUUUACUCACAGCUGGUUUUAUCUUUGCUUUCUAUAACUUUUUUAGUUUGGAAAACUUGAAGGUGAAGUUUUGUUAGGGUUAGGGUUAUAUAAGAAAUAUAUAAGUAAAUAAAUCCAAGUUGAACAACUGA